CAACUUUUUUUCCAAAGAUGCAAUAGCAAUAGCAAUAGCAAUAGAUUGUUUCCAAGAACCAAAACUCCCAUACCAUACCAUACGCCAUAUGCCAUACGACGCCUCAUCGCAUUCACUCCCCAUCCCAAAUUAUAUUUCCCAAACUUUUCAAUCACGCCCGUUUUCAAACCCUCCGCCAUGAACCACCUUAAUCCUCCUCCUCCUCCACCUCCUCCUCCGCCGCCUAUCAUCCGCCAUACCAGCACCACCCAAAUCCUCAAGCAAACUACCUCCCUCUUCUUCUCUCAUCCUCUCACUUUCGUCUUCCUCUCAUCUCUCCUCCUCACCUUCCGUUCCAACGUUCACAGCGCCUCUCACUACCUUUCCUCUCUCAUCGACCGUGACCCUUCCUUGAAAUCCCUCCUCUCCCGCCUCGAUUUCUCUUCCCCCUCCCAUCUCCACCACCCCCGCCGUCACUCCCACCACCCACUCCACUACCGGCGUCGUCGCGCCUUUCUCCACCUCUCCCGCGUCGGCACCCUUGACGAUGACUUCUUCUCCGGGGAUUCUGAUUUUGACCGCUCCCUCUUCCACCCCUCCUCCGGCAAACCUCCCCCCAAUGCCACUUUUGUCCGUCUCUCUGACUUCAAACCAGAGUACGGCUUCUCCAAUUCCAUCGUUGAUAAUGGAAUCUCUUUCCCGAAAAUUGUUAAGCCAGGAGCUGUCGGUUUUAAGCCGGAGGUUAGGAAAAAUGUUACACUUCUUGAAGAAGAGGAAAGGAAAUUUGUUGAGAGCAGAUUAGAUGACAGUAAUGCGGUCGUAGAUUUGGAUUUCUUGAUAAAGGGUUUUGAAUUGGGGCAUCGAGACGCAACUUCUUUGUUCUUUCUGGCGGGUGUCUUGUCCGCCACUUAUGCAUAUGUUGUGUUGGCAUUUAUAGUUACCUAUACUUGGGUGAAUGGGAUUAUUUUCCUUAGAGUGGUGGACCAUUUGUUGGGGAAUUACAGAUCUUUCUUGCGAACUGUGUGGAAUGGCUCAAAUAUCGGACUCAGGAGGCUUUCUGGGUUUAUUCUGAUGAAAUGGGCCGUGAGAGAUGCACUGGCGCAGCUUAUGGGAAUAUUCUUUUUCGGGGAGAUUGAAGAUCAAUUUGUGUUUUUCAAGGUUUUCUUGAGGAUGAAGUUUAUGCCAUUUGCCAAUGUGGCACCAUGGGUUAUAGGGCAUGAGUGGGAGAGUGCGGGCUUCAUUGUGGUCUGGUCCUUGAGUGAUUUGAUGCUGGGUUUCUUAUUUGCCGUCGAUUCCUGGGUAGCAAUAGUUGACGCGAGGAGGGGGGGCAGAGAAAUUGUUAGAGAAGGAUGUCACAUGCUGGUAGCAAUGUUUUGCCCUGCUUUCGAAAUAAGGUGGUUAGAAGCUAUCACUUGUGGAUCAGUUGGGAGGUGGGUGUUGAGGAGGAUAUUUGGGGAUGUUUUCACAUUGGUUUUUCAGUCAUUAAUGGAGGUGUAUUUUAUGGUAGCAUGGCUGGUCUUUUACUUUGCAGCAAGACACAAGGAUGAUGCUGCACUUGGAAGACCAUUUGGAAGAAGAGAAUUGGAAGGUCUUCUUGAGGUUGCCAGUUUGAUGCAAAAGGACGAGGCAGCUUUAAUUUGAUGUCCGACUUGAUGUCUUACUAGGGGAAAAAGGUGUGCUAAGUCCAUAGGGUUUGAGUGUUGCUAUUGUAGUGUAAGUAGGUCCAGUGUAUAAUUAAUAAGAAAAUCUCAUAGUCUGUUUGUUCUUUUAUCCACAAAUGUUGUCAUCACUAGUAAGGGAGUUGAUAUUUAGCUGUCAUGUAAAAGAUUCGGGGCACUGGGCAGGUAGAAGUUUGAUCUCCUAUCAGCAUGAUCAUUUUGUAGUGGAACAAUAUAUAGGUGGUCUGAAGGAUGGGGGUAAUAUUGUUUGAGUGGAGUUUGCGGUCCUUAACAACAUUCCUGGUUCUUGAAUGAACUCACUCCAGUUAGUGUCACUUUUACUCGUGCAACUUCUUAAGUUACUGUACUGGAUCGGAGUCUAUGUCUCAGAGGUAGGAUUCAUUCCAGCCUUCAGAAGCAGGUUUCUUUGGAAAACUUUAUUCUUGUGUGAAGGGGGGAAGGCCGUAUUGGACUAUUAUGAUCAUUGUUUCUUACCAGGAGACUCUUGACAAUGUCGUCAGGUUACUUUUUGCUACAUAAUUUGCAAAGAAGAGUUUGGUUCUUCUAUGAUUGUAGUUGCAAACGUGUAAGGAAACAAGUAUUUGCGCUCAUGGACGGAUCUGGAAGUAGAUUGGUCCUGAUCAGCACCAAUAGGAUAAAUCCAAAGAGUUCUAUGUCAUGGAGUAUAGAAUGCACGGCUGUGGCAUCUCGGCAAUGCUACCAAGGAAGUGCUUAUACAGAAGUUCAAUGAUGUUCUCAUAUAGCAAAACUGACGCUGCUUCUGUAUCUUUUCUGUUUGAAGACAGGAAGUUGCUGAGAACUUGUCUUUCCUUAUGACGGCAGUUUGCAUCACUACAAGGUUUAAGUUUCAAUGAGAAAUGUAGCAAGAGCAUGUUGGUCCGAUUUUUUAUUUAAUGAAUCUGAGUAUUUCUAGAUUUACUGUUUCUUUUUUAAAUAUUGACGAAAGAGGAGGUGAAAUAAUUGAUGCAGUGCUUGGUCAAGGCAAAGAUGAUGGAGAGUGCAACAGUAAUUACUAUAACUGAUCAAUGGCUGAAGCCAACUUGAUUCAAAUAUGGAAAAUGGAGAAAGCAGAUUGGAGAGGAGGAAAGAAACAGCCAACCCUGGGGUAGGGUAUCAGGUCAUUUUGAUACUUGACCUUUUCAAAUGCUGCAUUUAGUGCAUAUGGCAACUCUCAGGAAAUUUUAGGCGGUCAAUGAUAGUGUUAAAUCCCUUUUUUACUUUUUACCGUUUAAUUUCUCGCACUAUAUAUUAUUCUCUGUACUUUUUAAAUUUUUCUUUUACGGCCUGUUAAAUUGUUUUGUGCAGCUCUUAAAGCUAGCAUCUCUCCAGUGCCCCCGGUUCAGUUGAAGCAUUCUUCUUGAGCUUUCAUGCCAAAUAAGAAGUUUUAUCUAAUGGUAGAGAUAUGGAAUUUCGUUAACUAUGUCUUAAGGGAUCCUCUGGACGUUUUUGGCUGCUAAAAGGAAACUGCUCUUUUUCUGAUAAGGUUUUCCCAGUCUGCUAUUGUUGUGAAUCAUCUGAAUAAUGUGGUAUCUUAUAGUUUUUCAGUUUAUCUCCCAGACAUGACGAUAACUUUUAAGAUUUGCCCUUUUCUGAUGUCUAUAGUCCGUAUCCAUGCCUGCAGAAUACCUUCAGGACUUUCUUGGAGUUGGUAAACUAUUUGAGCUUUUUCUUUUUGUUGAUAGUUUGUGGCGUCUGAGCAUGAGUUAGACGUGCGCCAUUGUUUAGAUCCUUUAUGUAGAGUGUCCAGGCCCAUUGGAAUUUAUUUUAUUCCUAUGAAUUUGUGUAUGGUUGCACCAUUGUUUAUAAAUCUGGAGUAUUUUGAACAAUAGUCGCUUGGGUAUGAUAGUUGUUAUGGUUGCCUUUUCUUCAUUAUUGUGGUUUUGGAAUAAAACCUUACAACUACUAUCAUUUACC